AUGUCAACAACACGUAAACGUUAUCUUGAAUGGAAAAAUCGUUCAUUAUUACCACAAUUACCAAUUGAAAUUUGGGCUCAUAUUUUUUCAUAUCUUAAAAUAUCAGAUUUAUUAUCAAUACGUCUUGUUUCACGUUUAUUUUAUUCUUCUAUUAAUCAAUAUACAUAUUUUUGGUCAUCAAUUAUAUUUGAUAUUGAUCAAUGUCCAUUAUAUUUAGUACAAUCAAAAUAUUUUCAUAAUAUACGUUCAUCAAAUAUAAAUUUAUUUACAAAAACAAAUAUUUAUUCACAUUGUAAUAUUUAUUUAAAAACUCAACCAUUAAUAAAUUCAACUAAUAAACGACGUAAACAACAUUUAUUUAUAUCAAAUAAUAAUAAUGAUGAACAAUUAAAAAAACAUAUUUAUUUACAUUGUUAUUCAAUAUAUUUUGAAUCACUUCGUUCAUUUGAUCAAUUACAACUUGAAUAUUUAUUAAAAAAAUUUAUCAAACGUUUAUAUUUAUCAUAUGAAUUUUUAUCAAUUGAACCAUCACUUAAUUUUCUAUUAAAACUUGAACAAUUAAAAUAUUUAAAAAUUUCAUUUAUACAUAAUAUUAUUGAACUUGAUUCAUAUUCAAUUAUGUUAAUUAAUACAAUGUCUGAUAUUAUAAAUUUAUUAUUUAAAUUAAAAAGUUUAUGUAUUGUUAGUCUUGUUGGUGAUUGUUUAUGUUUUGGUCGACCUCUAUCAAUUUAUACUAUUCAAAAUAUGUAUCUACGUUCUCUAACUGAUAAUCUCAUACAUGGAUUAGUUAGUGUUUUUGCUACAAGUUUUCUAUUUGGUUGGACACAAUAUUCAUUAUUAAUUAUUGCUUUUUUAUCUGGUUGUUUUAUUGAUAUUGAUCAUUUUAUUGAAAUACGUUCAUUAUCAUUAAAUAGUGUAUUACAUAAUCAACGACAAGAUCGACCUUUUCUACAUAAUAGUCUUCUUUUGUUAAUAAUAACUUUAAUUGUUUAUAUAUUUGAAUAUUUUCUAUAUCAAAAUCAAUAUAGUUAUUAUUCAAUAAUAUUUUUUCUUGGUUGGUCAACACAUCAUUUAAGAGAUGCUCAAAGACGUGGUUUAACAUUAUUACCAUUGGGAGAAACUUCACCUAUUAAUAAUUAUUUAUUAAUUAUAUGUUUUGUAUUAAUAACUAUAAAAUUAAUACAUAUAUUUAUUUUUAAUAUUCAAUCAGUAUCAUUUGUAAAUGAUUCUAUUGUUUAA